GACGGCUGGGGCUGCAGCCGGUGGCGGCAGCGGCGGCGCUGGGAGUGGUACCCGGUGGUGGUUUCCCUCCUUGGCGCGGGGUGGGGAACGGGCAACGCCCCCCGGACCCCUGAAGGGUCGUGGCUUGCUGUUUUGUUUUUCUUUUUCUUUUUUUUUAUUCAGGCGAUUCUCGAGGUUUUUUAGCUCCGGGAGGAGUGCCCCCUCCUCCCCCUCGCCCUCUCUCCGCUCCCCCUACUCGUUCAGGAUCGAUUUUGUUGCCAUUUUUUGGCGGUGACCUGGGUCACCCUCCGGGUGUUCUGGUUUUCUUCUUUUUUUUUGGUUUUGUUUUUACCUUGUCUCCUCGGGGUUGCCCCCUGUGGUUUGUGUUGUGUGUGGAAAUGGCGAACUCGGCAAAUACAAACACCGUGCCUAAAUUAUACAGAUCGGUGAUUGAAGAUGUUAUUAAUGAUGUGAGAGACAUCUUUUUGGAUGACGGAGUGGAUGAACAAGUCCUGAUGGAACUAAAAACUUUAUGGGAGAAUAAACUAAUGCAGUCCAGGGCAGUAGAUGGAUUUCAUUCAGAGGAGCAGCAGCUUCUGUUGCAAGUACAGCAGCAGCAUCAACCCCAGCAGCAGCAGCACCACCACCAUCACCACCAUCAGCAAGCUCAGCCUCAGCAGACAGUACCUCAGCAGGCGCAGACCCAGCAGGUCCUUAUUCCUGCAUCGCAGCAAGCUACAGCACCACAAGUUAUUGUUCCUGAUUCUAAGCUGAUACAACAUAUGAAUGCAUCAAAUAUGAGUGCUGCUGCUACAGCUGCUACAUUAGCACUCCCUGCAGGAGUGACUCCUGUUCAACAGAUAUUAACAAAUUCAGGUAAUUAGGGAUAAUAGAACCUUUUAAGAUAUAAUUUAGAAAAUUGUGUCAUCUAACCCUUGUUUUGUUUUCACUGAAAGAUGAAAAAUACUAAUAUUUCUUUUACCAUUUGGUUUAGGUUAUUAAAAUA